AUGGCUGGGGCUGGAGUCGAGUGGAAAACUCGGCCGAACAAAGGUGGAGGAAGGAGAUUCGGAGAAAAGCUCUCGGAUAUUAUAUCUGACCGUGAGCAGUUGGGAGACGUCUCAUUAUCGAUACCGCUACCUAGGCUGGCCGCUGCUGGUGGCUGGAUCUUUCUCAUAACUCCGUACUCCGUAGAUCCCUCUUUACUCUUGAUUAGCCGAAUGGAUAAAGCCUUACCUAGCUAUCCGAAACCAGCUAUCGAUACUAGGUAG